AUGCCGUCGGACUCGUCCAUCGCCGUCGACAGAAUAAACAUGGACUCAUCAAAAGCUCCUGUCAAACUUGCUAAAGUUAUAAAGGUCCUCGGACGCACCGGCUCCCGUGGUGGAGUCACGCAAGUUCGUGUGGAGUUCAUGGAUGACACUACGCGAACAAUCAUUCGCAACGUCAAAGGUCCCGUGCGGGAGGAAGAUAUCCUUGCACUUCUGGAGAGCGAGCGUGAGGCUCGCCGCCUGCGCUAA